CUAGAGAGGGAAGAUAUUCCAAAACCAAGCUGGGGAGGGAGUGCAUACUGCAGGAGUCUGCUUGGUGCCUCCAGGAGUCCUGCUACAGUUCCACUGGGAUGGCGAUGGCUUUAGGAGACUCAAAAAGGGACAUGAUUAAUGGCACAGGUGAUCACUCUACUGUAGAAGAAAUGGGGUUAACAAACAAGAGUGAGGGAGUACAACAGCUCAAGCCCAGCAACUCUGAUGCACCCAAUGAAGAUCAAGGAGAAGAAACCCAGCGGCCAGAAGAGGCAAGUACUGCUUUUUUAAUUCCAACUUAGUUAUGAGUACCCUUUGAUAGUGCUCCCCUAGAAAGGUACCAACACCUGACUUUUGAAUUCUUAACCACCACUUAGUGCAUAACAACCUGGGGUACUUCCUCAUGGGUUGGGGGAGAGCCAGAAGCGACCAUUCCUACUUCUCAAGGCAAUCUCCUAUUAACAAACUUGAUAAGGUUCUAAUACUGGCUAACCUAUUUUCAGUGCUCAUGUUGUGCCAGGCACUGUGCCCAUGGUCC